GCUCUAAGAUUAAUGAAUUGGACUUGCCACGUCACAAAUGGGGCUUCUUCUAGUUCUUCUCCACCUGCUUACGUAACUCGCCAAGGGCCUCGCUCUUCUCUCUUCACAGUUUCUCUCUCUCUCUCUCUCUCUCUCUCUCUCUCUCUCUCUCUCUGGAGUUUGACGGUCGCCAUGGAGUUCCGGUGGGUUCUGACUGCGGUAACGGUAUUAGUUUCAGCUGCUUUAGGGACGAGUACUACAGCCGAUGGCGGCCGGUGUGAGUUUCCGGCGAUAUUCAACUUCGGGGACUCAAAUUCCGACACUGGCGGCUUGUCUGCGGCUUUCGGCCAGGCGCCUCCGCCCAACGGAGAGUCUUUCUUCCAUGGGCCCGCCGGCCGCUAUUCCGACGGCCGUCUCGUUAUUGACUUCAUUGCGGAGAGCCUUGGACUGCCGUACCUGAGCGCGUUCCUGGAUGCGGUGGGCUCCAACUUCAGCCACGGCGCCAACUUCGCCACCGCCGGCUCCACCGUCCGGCCCCAAAACACCACCCUCUCUCAGAGCGGUUUCAGCCCCAUCUCCCUCAACGUUCAGUGCUACCAGUUCAACGACUUCCACCGCCGAUCUCAGAUCGUCCGAUCCCGAGGGGGGGUGUUUCGAGAACUGUUACCUAAGAAGGAAGAUUUCUCUCGUGCAUUAUACACCUUUGACAUAGGCCAAAACGAUCUCACAGCUGGGUACUUUCUCAACAUGUCAACCAAUCAAGUUAGAGCAUACGUCCCUGAUGUGUUGGAUCACUUCUCAACCGUCAUUAAGUUCAUCUACGAUCAAGGAGGUAGAUUCUUUUGGAUACACAACACGGGCCCUGUUGGGUGCCUGCCGUACGUUAUCGAUCGUUUGCCAGUCACUGCAGGACAAGUGGAUGCUGCAGGAUGUGCGAGCCCAUUCAAUGACGUGGCACAAUACUUUAACAGUAGAUUGAAAAAGACAGUGGGGCAUCUGCGGAAGCAACUCCCUCGGGCUUCAAUCACCUACGUUGAUGUUUAUUCUGUCAAGUACUCCCUCUUUAGCAAAGCCAAGAAGUUCGGGUUUAAGGAACCCUUGGUGGCGUGUUGCGGGCACGGGGGGAAGUACAAUUACAACAGGGAAGUGGGAUGCGGCGGGAAGUUGAAAGUGCGCGGGAAAGAAGUGAUGGUGGGUAAACCCUGCAAGGAUCCGUCCGUCAAGAUUAUCUGGGAUGGGGUCCAUUUCACGCAGGCCGCCAACAAAUGGAUCUUCCAUCAAAUAGCGGGCGGCUCCUAUUCGGACCCUCCAAUCCCAUUGAACAUGGCCUGCCAUGCCCAUGCCCAUACCCAUACCCAUACCCAUCAUGUCUAGGGUUUGACCAAACUCAGAAAAUAACCGUAAGUUUAUUGCAGUGUCGUCGAGCUGUGCAAAACUGUAAAUUUAUUGAAUUGUGCAGAAAUGCAGAGCCUUGGAGAUUUGACCAAUACUAAUUCAAAUUUCCAAGCCCUCACAAUGGGCCGGCCCAACACUCCAAAUGGACAUUAAGCCCAAAAAUAUUGAUGACACCUUGAAACCA